UUUCGCUGCCUUGGCGCUCACUGUCUUCCUUCAGUCGCCCAAGGCUUUCACACUCAACUCAUCAAACAGCAAACAUACAAAAAGGUGGUUCAGAAGUUUCGCAGCCACUGUUCGGCAAGCUUCGACCAGGAAUUUCUCAACCUUUUCUUGUCCUUCGAAACAGCAAUCGCGUAUUGCACCCAGCGCAACAACCCCCAUCAGACUCUUCCCCCUCAACAACCAUCACACAUAUCGGCAAUGGCGUCACCGGCACCAUCCACGUCGGGCGAGCGCAAGAAGCCCGCCGAGCAGAUCGCCUUCCGCUUCUGCUCCGAGUGCAGCAACAUGCUGUAUCCCAAGGAAGACGAGGCCGAGCGCAAGUUGAUGUUCACAUGCCGCACAUGCAACUUCUCCGAGGAGGCCACCUCGAUGUGCAUCUUCCGCAACGCCAUGAACAACGCCGCCAGCGAGACGGCUGGCGUCACGCAGGAUGUCAGCAGCGAUCCUACGCUGCCGAGGUCCAACCGCACCUGUCCAGCAUGCAAGCACGAAGAAGCUGUCUUUUUCCAGUCGCAACAGCGGAGCGCUGAAACUGGGAUGAAACUUUUCUAUGUCUGCUGCGAAUGCGGCAACAUCUUUCAGUGAACUUGUUAUUUGUCUUUGCCUUUCUUUUCAAGGGAUACCAUGGGCCUGGCGGGUUUAGAAAUGGUAUGGGCGCAACUGGGCGUUGGUGGAUGAACCAUCUUCGAGGCGGCAUUUGGGCAUUAGAGACAAAGCCCCUUGCCCUAUCCAGGGCCAAUACACGAAUGCAGACGAGCAAUCGAACCACGGACCUC